CUGGCAGGGUGUCGAGGUGUGUCGGCGGGCGGGGUGUCGCAGGGCGUGUCACGAGGUGACUCGGGGAGGGCUGAGGAUCGAGGGAGGGAGCGACGAAGGGCGUGCGGGGCCGUCGCUCCGCGCACCCCUCCCCCCGCCGCAGUCGGCAGGCCUUUCCCCGGAGAAGAUGGCGGAUCGGGCGGAGAUGUUUUCUCUUUCCACCUUUCACUCGCUGUCGCCGCCAGGCUGCAGGCCCCCCCAGGACAUAAGCCUGGAAGAAUUUGACGAUGAGGACCUGUCUGAGAUCACCGAUGACUGUGGCCUGGGCCUCAGCUAUGACUCGGACCACUGCGAGAAGGACAGCCUCUCCCUGGGACGUUCGGAGCAGCCGCACCCCAUCUGCUCCUUCCAGGAUGACUUCCAGGAGUUUGAGAUGAUCGAUGACAAUGAAGAGGAGGAGGAGGAAGAAGAGGAGGAGGAGGAGGAAGAAGAGGAGGAAGGAGAAGGGGAGGGCAAGGAGGGAGGAGGCCCUGGCUUAGAGGCCCCUGCCCCAGAGGAGGCCCUGAUCCCCUCCCCCUCCGUGGAGGAGCCCCACAAGAAUCGGCCCACCACGCUCCACCUGACUACACUGGGAGCCCAGGACUCCCUGAACAACAAUGGAGGCUUUGCCCCUGCGCCUCCAGCUUCCUGGCAGGAAACAGUCCCGUGCUCACCUCCCCAGGAGCCCCUCAGAGAGUCACCCGCCCCCCUCCGGCCCACAGACGCGAGCCCCUGCAGGGCACAGUCGCCUGUGCGCCCAGGCUGCGAUUGCGAAGGGAACCGGCCGGCGGGCCCCCCCGCGCCCUGUGGGGCCUCGCCCUCGUCAGAUCCUGGCAUCGAGGCCGACCUGGGCAGCCGCUCCAGCGGGGGCCGCGGAGGCCGGCGCAGCAGCCAGGAGCUGUCGUCGCCAGGCUCCGACUCGGAGGACGCUGGGGCCGCACGCCUGGGGCGCAUGAUUUCCUCCAUCUCGGAGACGGAGCUGGAGCUGAGCAGCGACGGCGGCAGUAGCAGCAGCGGCCGCUCCUCGCACCUCACCAACUCCAUCGAGGAGGCCUCGUCGCCUGCCUCCGAGCCCGAGCCCGAGCCCGAGGCCCCGUGCGAGCCCCCGCGCCGCCCCGCCUUCCUGCCGGUGGGCCACGACGACACCAACAGCGAGUACGAGUCAGGGUCCGAGUCCGAGCCAGACCUCAGCGAGGACGCCGACUCGCCCUGGCUGCUCAGCAACCUCGUGAGCCGCAUGAUCUCCGAGGGCUCCUCGCCCAUCCGCUGCCCUGGCCAGUGUCUGUCCCCCGCGUCGCGUCCCUCGGGGGAGCCCGUGUCGCCGGCUGGCGGGGCCACACAGGCCCCUGAGGCGGCUGCGGGGCCGGGCGGCGUGGAGCUCGUGGACAUAGAGACGCUGUGCGGGGCCGCCGCGCCCGGUGCCUAGGCACCCCGGCUGGCCCUGCGCAGCCCGGGCUGCCUCUUCCUCAGCAACCCCACAACGCGACCAGAAUCACGCCGCUGUUGGGCCGCUCCGGGCCGCGGCGCCCGUCCCGGCCGCGCCUGCUCCUGCCGCUAUCUCGGCAGGAGGAGGAGGGACGACGAGGAGGAAGAGAAGAGGAAUGACACUGAAGACAGUGCGGGGCCCCAUGGGGGCCGGAAGCGCGGGCCCCGCCGCGCCGCCUGGACGCCUCGCUGGGUGUACGAUGCGGUCAAGUACACGCUGGUGGUGGACGAGCACACGCAGCUAGAGCUGGUGAGCCUUCGGCGCUGCGCUGGCCUCGGGGAGGACAGCGAGGAGGACAGCGGCGGGGAGGCCAGCGAGGAGGACAGCGGCGGGGAGGCCAGCGAGGAAGAGACAGCAGCUGCACUUCUGAUGUCGGCUCAGGGCCCGGAGGACGCCUCCCCAGACAGCCCUGACCUCACCUUCUCCAAGAAGUUCCUCAAUGUCUUUGUCAACAGCACAUCUCGUUCUUCCAGCACCGAGUCCUUUGGCCUUUUUUCCUGCUUGGUCAACGGGGAGGAGCGAGAGCAAACCCAUCGGGCUGUCUUCAGGUUCAUCCCCCGCCAUCCGGAUGAACUGGAGCUGGAUGUGGAUGACCCGGUGCUGGUGGAGGCCGAGGAGGACGACUUCUGGUUCCGUGGCUUCAACAUGCGCACAGGGGAGCGUGGGGUCUUCCCUGCCUUCUACGCCCACGCGGUGCCCGGCCCUGCCAAGGACCUGCUGGGGAGCAAGCGGAGUCCCUGCUGGGUGGAGCGCUUCGAUGUGCAGUUCCUGGGCUCUGUAGAGGUGCCCUGUCACCAGGGCAAUGGCAUCCUGUGUGCAGCCAUGCAGAAGAUUGCUACUGCCCGGAAGCUGACGGUCCACCUGCGUCCUCCUGCCUCCUGUGACCUUGAGAUUUCCCUCCGGGGGGUCAAGCUGAGUCUAAGCGGAGGACCUGAGUUCCAGCAUUGCAGCCACUUCUUCCAGAUGAAGAACAUCUCCUUCUGUGGCUGCCAUCCCCGCAACAGCUGCUAUUUCGGCUUCAUCACCAAACACCCUCUGCUGAGCCGUUUUGCCUGCCACGUCUUUGUGUCCCAGGAGUCCAUGAGGCCCGUGGCCCAGAGUGUGGGCCGCGCCUUCCUGGAGUACUACCAGGAGCACCUGGAGUACGCCUGCCCCACAGAGGACAUCUACCUGGAGUAGCCGCCGCCGGUCUCCUGCUGCAGGUGCAGCUGGGGCUGGGCGUGUCUCAAGAAGCCACUGCGGCUUUGGCAAGAACUGGAUUGGGGGCACGUGGGAACUGACGUCCAGGGGGUUUCCUCCGUGCUCCCCAGGGGCUUCGGGAGAGAGGAGUCCGCACCUCUCCACUUUCCCUCCGAUCCGUUCUUUCUCUCUGUGUCGCCCUCAUCUGCCCCUUGACCUCCUCCUAUCUCCUUGUUUCUGUCUCUGCCCCUCUCUGUGCCUGCAAACUCUCACCCUCUGCUCUUUACUUGGGGUCAGAACUGGGAGGGUUGUAGAGGAAGGAGAGGCUCUAGGCGGCCAGUGGCACCAAGCUCCCAGGUGAUCCCCUCCUGCCCCUCCCCUGUGAUUUAUAAAGGAAUUUUAAUUUUUAUAGUGAAUCUCAAGGGAUUAUCCCAUCCUUGACCACAGGGACAAAGAGAGGGACCCCCAUACUGCCCUCCGUGGAGCUCAGGGGGAAGCAGGGAGGGGUUCCCCAGAAGGGGCUUGGGGGAGAUUAGGAGGAGCUCUGGAUGCUUACCCCAAGCCCCCAGACGCUAGGAGGAGGGCGCCCGCCCUGGCCCUGGUCGCACCAGCGUCCGCUUCGCCGCUGCACACACUCCCCGCAGUCUAGCGCCUCAAUAAACUCUCUGCUUGGUGUGA